GCUUGAAGUGCACGAACGUUGAUCGAGAGACGAGAGACCGCUCCAAAAGUAACGCCGACCCCUCAAAUCUGCCGCCUGAAAUAAAUCCCAAUUUUUUUUGGUUCGACCUUAUAUCGAUUUCGAUGUGCCCCCUGUGUGCCAGCCAACGGUUUUAAUGUUUUCGCCAGUUGUUUGCAACAAUCCAAACCGAACCUCGCCGAGAACUCCGCGCACCAAGAACGCCAAGAUCCACUACAAGCAAAAACACAAACAGUCCACCACUUUCAGCUGACGAGCAAUUUUAUGCAAAUUUUGAUCCACCAACAACAAAAAGUCAAAAUAAACAAACCAAACAAGCAAAACAAACACCAAACAAGUGCAAAAACGAAAAAUAUAAUACAGGGCGUAACCGCGCGCAGUAAAGGCAAAUAUUUAACGGUGCAAAGAGAAUACAUAUUUUAUUAAAAAAAAAAACAAAAAACAAAAUAACAAAAUUAAUUGCCAAACAAUCGAGCCUCGAACAAAACACAGGUGCCAACAUACCCCAAAAGAUCUCCAGGUCAGAAACGAGCCAACAAUCCCAAAAAAAAAAAAAAAACAGCCAACAGACCGUUAAGCGAGGCAGACACAACUGUACCCAUCUAAGCAGAGCUUAGAGCAAAAAGCCAACAAAAAACCCCGCAAGAUAAUCCCAAUUUCCUUUUUGCUACGCGCACAAGAAGCCAAAAAACCCCUGAACUAUAGAAUGGUAGAAGGUGAUUCCGCAAAGGGCAAAAGCGAAUCCUAUAAUGUAGAAGCUGGACUACAACCAAACUACAACCAGAGCGCAGCAAGCAACCAAGCAAGCAACCAUCCCACUGGCCAACUGGCUAACUCCUCAGCCACCGGCAACGCGACCUCGCACAUCGACAACCGAGCGAUCAUCCAGCCGUACUCCUUGGGCCAAGGAGCCAAGCAGCCGGAGUAUCAGUUCGCGGCGGACAAUCGGGCAUACGAGCCCGAUAGCCAUGCCAGCAAUGGCAAGCAGCAGGACGUAGAGCGGGACGCCCCCGAUAACGGGGGUCACGGGGGUCACGGGGGUCAUGGCAAGGGCAAGGUGGGAAAGGGCCGGAAGAAGUCCAUACCCUUGCCGGAACCGACCGCUCCGAUAUGCGCCAAUUUCGAGAGGGCCAUCGAAUUGUGCGGCUAUGGCAAGUUCCAUUAUAUACUGCUGGCCAUCUGCGGAUUGGUCAGCACAUCGGAGGAAAUGGACGUCAUCUCGAUGUCCUUCAUCCUGCCGUCGGCGGAGUGUGAUCUGAAUCUGAAUACGGAGACCAAGGGAUGGCUGAACUCGAUCAUCUUCAUCGGCAUGAUGGUGGGCGCCUACUUCUGGGGCAGCAUCGCCGACAGCUUCGGUCGCAAGAAGGUCCUCAUCGUCAUCUCGUUCAUGAACGCCUUCUGCAUCGUCGCCUCGUCCUUCUCGCAGUCCUACAGCUUCUUCAUGCUCUUCCGGUUCCUCAAUGGUGCAGCUUUGGGCGGCAGCGGUCCUGUGAUCUGGUCGUACUUCGCCGAAUUCCAACCGAAGGCGAAGCGCGGCUCCAUGCUGAGCUUCAUGGCCGCCUUCUGGACGUUCGGCAACCUGUUCGUGGCCAGCCUGGCCUGGCUGAUCAUACCGCGAACGAUCGGCGUGACGACGCCGUACUUCACCUACAACUCGUGGAGGAUCUUCCUGCUGGUCUGCUCACUGCCCUCGUUCCUGGUGGGCUUCCUGCUCUUCUAUCUGCCCGAAUCGCCGAAAUUCCUGUUGACGCGCGGCAAGAAGGAUCGCGCCCUGGCCAUUUUCCGUGGCAUUUUCGUGACGAACACGAAGCGUCGUCCCGACGAGUACAUGGUCUACGACCUGGAGGUCGACGAGAAGCUGCUGGAGAGCAACGGCAGUGUGAAGAACAAGUACAGCCGCAUGAUCUCCGGAAUGGUCGACCACAGCCGCGCCUUGUUCAAGUCGCCCAUCCUGCGAUUCACCAUCGUCUCGAUCACGAUCAACUUUACAUUCCACAUUGGCUACUACGGCCUACUGAUGUGGUUCCCGGAGCUCUUCAAUCGCUUCGAGGAGUACGAGAAGGAAUUCCCCCACAACUCGGCGAGCGUUUGCGACGUCACCGACUAUGUGGUCCAAUUGGGUCACGAUCAGAGCAAGAACGGCACCUGCGUCUCGGAUAUUCCGCAGUCGGUGUUCAUGGAGUCGCUGAUAUCGCUGGCCAGCGCCCUGCCCGCCAAUCUGCUGGCCAUCCUCGGCAUGGACAUGCUGGGCAGGAAGUUCUUCCUGAUCGCCGGCACCAUGACCGCCGGCAUCUGCUCGGCGCUGAUGUACUUUGUGCGCAACUCCGUCCAGAAUCUCGUCGUCUCGGCCAUCUUCAGUGGCGCCAUUUCGGCGGCCAAUGCCGCCCUGGACUGCCUCAUCACCGAAGUAUUCCCCACCAAGCUGAGGGCCACCGGCGUGGCCAUUUCGAUGGUGGCCGCCCGCCUGGGCGGCAUCAUUGGCAACAUCGUGAUCGCCCAGCUGCUGGACAACUACUGUCCCUCGCCCACGUUCAUUGUGUCGGGUCUGCUCAUUGGCGGCGGUCUCAUGUGCCUCCUCUUACCCAAUACGACGCGCAAGGAACUCAAUUAGAUGUG